AUGUGUGUGAUCCACAAAGAGAAAAAGAAGAUGUUCUGUGAAGAGGAAAAGCCCUUGCUGUAUUUGCUCUGCUCCAGCACUCAAGAGCACAGGGCUCAGGAAUUUUCUUCAGUAGAAGGGGCUGCUGAGGAGUACAAGGACUUGGAAGAUCUAUUGACAAUGAGUGAGUCAGUGCAGCUGCACAUGCCUCAGCCUAUAAAGCCAGCACUUCCUGCCCAGACCAUCACUGGACUGAUAGACAGGCUCAACUGCUUCCAAGGCGAGUAUCAGUCCACUGAUGGGAACACACUCUCCAAAGAUAUGUUUCUUCUCCUCUUUGUGAAGGAGGAUGAUCACCACAAUGUCUUGACCACCCCCCCUAUGUUUCCUCACUACAGACAGAAAUUUCAGGGCUAGGUUGGUGUGUUUUUUGAUUUUGAGAGUGGAAGUAUGAGUUUUGUGAAUGUUACCAAGCAUUCUCUUAUUUGGCAGUACCCUGCUGUCAUUUUGAAUUUCCCAGUCAGAACUUUGGUUUAUACUGGCUACAAAUGA